GUGGCCAGGACCAGAUCGUCGACGCGCGGGAGGUGAUGAAGUACCUCACGGGCACCGAGGAUGUGACACUUCGGUGGAGCAAGGACGGCCUGGAGGUGCUGUAUUAUCCGGACCUGGACCAUUCGAAUCAGUUCAACUCCAAGGAGUGUAGACGGCCCAUGGUCGAGGUGUUGUCGAGGUUCGUGAAUAAUGGGCGCGUGAUAGAGGAGCGAUCGAAGCUGAAGGAGGCGUAAUUCCGAAACCACUAC